AUGGCAGCACAGGACUCUUUCAACGUGGAAAUGGAAGAGCUUCUGGCCCGUCACCGAAAAGAGCGGCGCGAUCUUCAGUCUCGGAUCACGCAGAAGAAAAAGAACGCCACCAAGAAAACGAGAAAAGGGGUCAAUGACGAGUGCGAGCAAUUGGAGCGAGAGCUGGGUGAGAGGCAGAAGGCAGAGAUCGACGCUUUAGAAGGCAAGAAUGACGAGGGACUCGAGCCAUCCCUUGAUGCUCUGGCUAUCGAUGAACCAAUUGAGAAGGUCAAUGGCGAGAUUGAGACUACAUCCAGCGAAGCCGCGCAAGGCCACACUGCUCCGACCCUGGCUGCAGACCAGACACGGCCGAAGAAACCAAACAGGCAGAAAGCAAGACUGGCUCGAAGAGCCGCCGAACAGGAAGCCCAAGCGGCCGCUGCAGCGCUGGAGGCCGAGAAGUUGCCCGACCUUCGCAAACAAGAAAUGGCGUCAAUGAAGAAGCAGAUGGAGAGCCUGGGAUUGUCAGAGACUCUCAUUCGACCAGACGGCCAUUGCUUGUUCUCCGCAUGUGCACACAGUUUGUCUCCCGAGCUCGUCUCCAAGUCUGGUCCGCAUAAGGAACCCUAUCGCAACGUCAGAUUUGCAGCGACCGAGUUCAUGGCGACACACCCGGACGACUUUGCGCCUUUCUUGGAAGAGCCUCUUGAUGAUUAUGUGAAGACGAUGCGCAACACUGCGGAAUGGGGCGGACAGUUGGAGUUGCAAGCCAUUGCUCGGGCCUACGACGUCGACAUCAAUGUGCUCCAGGCCGACGGGAGGGUUGAGAAGAUCAGCUCUGGCUCGGCUGCCAAAGAAGAUUCGCAGGAGGUCUGGCUGGCAUACUAUCGACACAGUUUUGGUCUUGGUGAGCACUACAAUGCAUUGAAAAAGAUAGCCAAAAGUUGA